GAAAAAUUGUCCCUGAAUCUCCCACCAAAGGUAGUGAAAGAAUCAGCCAGAGCCUCUUUCUCUGUUUUGGGUGACAUACUAGGUUCUGCCAAAAAAAACACACAAAACCUUCUCCAGAUGCCCUAUGGCUGUGGAGGACAGAACAUGGUCCUGUUUGCUCCUAAUAUCUAUGUACUGAAAUAUCUGAAUGAAACCCAACAACUGACUCAGGAGGUCAAAUCCAAGGCCAUUGGCCAUCUCAAUGCUGGUUAUCAGAGGCAGCUGAACUACAAACACAGAGGUGGCUCCUAUAGUGCCUUUGGGAACCAACAUGUCACAAAGGAAGGCAACACUUGGUAAGAAAAGCUCACAGCCUUUGUUCUCAAGACCUUCGCCCAGCCUCGAGCCUUCAUCUUCAUUGAUGCAGCCCACAUUACCCAAGCCCUUACCUGGCUCUCUGAGAAGCAAAAGGGUGAUGGCUGUUUCAGGAGUUCUGGGUCACUGCUCAACAGUGCCAUUAAGGGUGGAGUGGACGACGAAGUGACCCUCUCUGCCUAUAUUGCCAUGGCCCUUCUGGAGAUUCCACUCCCUGUCACUCACCCUAUUGUCCACAAGGCCCUGGUCUGCCUCGAAUCAGCCUAGAAAAGAACACAGGCAGAGGCCCGAGGCAGCCACAUCUACACCAGGGCACUGUUGGCCUAUGCUUUUGCCCUGGCAGGUGACCAGGCCAAAAGGAGAGAGUUACUGAAAUCACUUGAUGAGGAAGCAAUAAAAGAAGACAAUGCAAUGCACUGGGAGCAACCUCAGAAACCCAAGGCACCAGUGGAGGAUCUUUACGAACACCAGGCUCCCUCUGCUGAAGUGGAGAUGACAGCCUAUGUGCUCCUCGCUUACCUCACGGCCCAGCCUGCCCUGACCUCGGAGGACCUGACCCCCGCCACGCACAUCGUGAAGUGGAUCUCAAAGCAGCAGAACUCCCACGGGGGCUUCUCCUCCACCCAGGACACAGUUGUGGCUCUCCAUGCUUUGUCCAGAUACGGAGCAGCCAUCUUUGCCAGAACUGGGAAGGCAGCACAGGUGACCAUCCAGUCUUCAGGGACAUAUUCCACAAAAUUCAAAGUGGACAACACCAACCGCCUGUUACUACAGCAGGUCUCGUUACCAGACAUUCCUGGGGAGUACAGCGUAAAUGUGUCAGGGGAAGCAUGUGUGUAUAUUCAGACAGCUCUGAAAUACAAUGUCUUCUUGGAGAAGAAAGAAUCUGCAUUCAAUCUACAUGUACAGACAAUACUCCAAACUUGUGACGGACUCAAAGCCCACACAAGCUUCCAAAUCUCACUGGAAGUCAGAUACAAAGGGAACCAUCCGGUCUCCAACAUAGUGAUUGUUGAUGUAAAGAUGAUAUCUGGUUUCAUUCCCCUGAAACCAACAGUGAAAAUGCUUGAGCUAUCACGCCACAUGAGCAGGACAGAAGUGAGCAACAACAAUGUCUUUUUUUUUUUUUUUAAGGUAACCAAUCAGACACUGAGCUUUUCCUUCUCAGUUCUACAAGACAUCCCUGUAAGAGAUCUGCAACCUGCUAUUGUGAAAGUCUAUGACUACUAUGAGACUGAUGAAGCAGCUUUGGCUGAGUACAGUGCCCCCAGCAACACAGAUAAGCAGUCUGCGUUCCAUGUGUCAAGCCUCUAUUUUGCUCUUAAAGCCAGUCCUCCUAAAUACAAAAUCAUCUACAUCGUUUUUUAG